UUUUACAGUUGACGAAUAAGCCGAUACUAAACGCACCGUCGUCUCUGUACCGUCGCCCUUCGAAGGGCCGACCGACCGGCUAGAUCCAGCCCUGCACCGUUGGCAGAGCGCAGGUCGUGCGCUUCACCACCACAGAACACCACGGUGCCGGCGACAGUUGAGCAUCGCAUUGCGAGACGUGGAGUACGAUCGGUCGUAGUGCGGUCGGUCGGUUGGCGCUCAAAAACUUUACUGUCACAAGUGAAAUUACGGCGUGCAAGUUACGUGUGUGCUUCGCCCCCCAAGGGCGCUCCGCUACUCGGAUAUGGCUAAUUACUUCUUCGGCCAGCAAGGAUUGGACAUAUUCAAAAGAGAGGAGUCCGAAGUGGAGAACAGCGGAAACGAGGAUUCCGACGAUUCGAUCGGCUGCGAGGAGCUGCAGACCAGGGCCAAGAAGACGAUCAACAAGGGCCGCUGGACCAAGGAGGAGGACGCGCGGCUCAAGCAACUGGUGGAGGACCACAACGAGAAAUGGGACGUGAUCGCGGAACAUUUCCCCGAUCGUUCGGACGUGCAGUGCCAACAGCGUUGGACGAAAGUCGUCAAUCCGCAGUUGAUAAAAGGACCGUGGACCAAGGAGGAGGAUGAAAAAGUAAUAGAGCUCGUGAACAAAUACGGAGCGAAGAAGUGGACGUUGAUCGCCCGCCACUUGAAAGGCAGAAUCGGAAAACAGUGCAGGGAACGUUGGCACAACCAUCUGAACCCCAAAAUCAAAAAGAGCGCUUGGACCGAAAAGGAGGACGAAAUCAUCUACCAAGCGCACAAAGUGUUGGGCAACCAGUGGGCCAAAAUCGCCAAGCUCUUGCCCGGACGGACCGACAAUGCAAUAAAGAACCACUGGAACUCCACCAUGCGCAGGAAGUACGAGGCGGAGAACCGAGACACCGACACCAGAAAAGGUCGCAAGAAGCAUGUAAAGAUCGAGACCCAGAGCUACGCCAUGCCGACGACGCACGAGAAUCUGUCCAACGACAUGGAGAACAACUCCAGGGAGAUGUACGAAUGGGGACUGGAACUGUACGACCAGGCCAGCAGUCAGUCGAGUGCCGGUGCGUUUUCGGUCGGUGCACCCACCCCGAGUCCCAGUCCCAUCAACAACACACCGCCCACCCAAAGUUUCCUGAACGGAUUCGAAAGGGUCGCGUCUCCGCAGCCCACGAGACAAACGGAAUUACCCUCGUUCAACUAUUUGAGUUUCGUGCAGCAGAGCCCUGUUAAAUUGACACCGUUGCCGGAGGAGCCAAUUAACGAUUACGAUAUGCAAUAUUAUUCAAAAUCUUGCGUCAGUCCAUUGAAAGUGAACAGUCGACAUUACAUCAAAGCCCGUGUCGUGCCGCCCAGUUACUCUCAAAACACGUUAGUACCUGUAACCAACGCUUUGACAAUGCAGCGUGCGUCCACACCUCCCAUCCUGCGACGCGGCUCCAAGUCCAGAAGGCGUCGCGAGAGCAACGACUUUGCCGAUUUUACGACGUCGUCGGUUCAGAGUGCGGAAGACCGCCAACACACCAUCGACAUCGAUUUUCUUCUGGACGGUGGCGCCAAGACCACGACUACAUUGUCGCCGAUGCGUGGCUUAGGUUCGCCCAUCAAACAACUACCGUUCAGUCCGUCACAGUUUCUUAAUAGUCCACAUUUACCGUUCGACUCGGCGCUAUCUUCCACGCCCGUCAAACGGUUGCAGGUGUCGACGCCGAAGAAGUCCACAAGGGUAAGUCGAUCAGAAAAUUGUGGAGAUCUUGCAAUUACCCCCGUUUAUUUUCAGGAUCGAGAUUAUAGUCCCUUGAGCACUCCUCGUGGUCUCACAUGUAAACCGGAAAUGGAAUCGACGACAGCUGAAGUCGUGACUCCCAAUAAGAGAUUUGGAACGGGCGACACUCCCCGGACGCCGACGCCAUUCAAGAAGGCGCUGGCGGACAUCGCCAAAAAGUCCGGGCCUAUUACCGAAUUACCUGACACUCCCACAAGACUCGAGGACAUCACUGAGAUCAUGAAGAAGGAACAGGAUAGUUCCAAUUAUGAGACUGAUACCAGCAUGAUGAUUCAAAACGACAGUGGAUACCUCACUGGUAAAAGGAAGGGCAACUUGGCUGCCGGAAAGGAAAACAUGUUGCCAAACAAAAGGGUUCGGAAGUCUUUGGCUCCGUCUUGGGCAUCCACUUCACUUGCCAGCUCGACGGAUAUGUCAUUCGCAAUCGAGACGCCGAGUAAAUCCUUGGGCGACGACACAAUAUUAUUUUCCACGCCCCCAUCUAUAAUCAAAGACUCAUUGGGAGUCGCCAGCUUAAUGGACUAUCCUACCCAGUCAUCAUCCAAGCACCCGUCCCCAGUCAGCGCCGAAAACGUCCGAGACCAAGUGACGUCCUCUUCGGGCCAGACGCUGUUCCGCAGUCUCGCAGCCAAGAGGAUCACGUUCGAGGAGCAACCUCGCCACGCUCCCAAGUUGGACCAGAAAUGGGCAAUGGUUGCGUGCGGGAGGACCCAGGAUCAGUUGGAGAUGACCGCAAAGGCUCAUCUUCUGCUGAAGACGUCUGGUCUUAAACCUCGUUCACUUAAUUUCUGAAGGCAGGGACACUCAUUUUGUAAAAUUUCGCGAAGAUUGUAUUGUUUUUAUUAUAUAUAUUCUUUAUGAAUGUUUUGUUUGCCACUAUACUUUAUGUAAAUACGUAAGUGGUGUUCAUAGUUAUUGCUAAGCAAGUGUACGAAUUCAUGUAGUUGGUUAAUCACCGCUUACUUGUUUAUAAAUUGUAACUCAUUGUGGGAAACGUACUAUAGUCGAAACAGUAUCGCGGAUUUCAAAAUGCAAAGCUAAUUUUAAUUGUAAUUUAUUUUAGAUAAUAAGAUCACUAUGUGAUCACCCACUUUUUGUAUAAUUACUUUUAAUGUUAAUGUGUUUUGAAUUCCUGCUUUUAAUUAACAUUGUUACAAAGAAUAUCUUACCUGUGUAUAGAAACUAGUCUACAUAAUUACAUAUUGUACCAUAGGCAUGCCUUUUUUAUGGUGAUUAUAUUUUGUAAUAUAGUAAAUUAGAAGUACUGAUGUAGGAUUCUUAAUUGUUGUUAUUUGUAUUUUUAUAUGAAAAAAACUUAAUUAUUAACUUAUUUUAAAAGUACAUGUGGCUUAAAAAGCAGAGUUUAUAAAAUUGUAAUUGCAGUAAAUACGAGUUUCCCCUUGAUGAAUAUUUAUUUUUUAUUACAUUCUAAGAGAUGCCAAUAAAAGAUUAUAUCACAAA